UCUUACAGAGACUCCCAUCUCUUUCUUUCUCUCCUUCGUUUUCCAUUUCACCGUAGUAUCAGCUCACGCUACGUCGGAUAUGUGAAUUCCGGCCGCCGUAGAACUGCCGUCAACCGCCGUCUAGACGCCGUCGCGCCGCCGUCCGGUAUCUAUUUUCGAUUUGGAGCUGUUCCGGUGGAAGUUUCUAAUGCUCGAUUACGACUGGAAUCAUCGUCAUUGUUGUUGUAAGGCAUAACUUGUUCAAAGCAUUCUAACAAGUAAAUUACCUCAAUGAUUGGUAAACAGUUUUCAGAUUCUGUGCAGCAAAGAAGUCAUCAAUGCAAUAAUUCCAUUUCAUGAAAUGCCAUCUUGUACAUGCUAGAUAGUUUAUUGUAAUAAGGUGUUCGUCUCGUUGGUUUUCUCAAUCUGUUGCAUAAAAUAUGCCUCCAUGGUGGGGAAAAUCUACCUCCAAAGAUGUGAAGAAGAAAUCGAGUAAGGGAAGCAUAUCGAAAAAGGAAGGCAUACCGAAAAAGGAAAGCAUACAGAAUAAGGAAAGCAUAUCGAAUAAGGAUAGCAUAUUUUAUACCAUAAACAAGAAACUCCAUCUUUCUUGUGAAGAGAAUGGAAGCAAUGGGUCUAAGAAGUCUCUCAAGAGACGAUUGACUGACAUUAGCUCUAAGAAGGGAUCUGGAUUAUAUCUGCAUUUGCGACCACGAUCAUCCUCAGUACCACGGUGUCAAAGCUUUUCAGAAUGGUCGCAUUCACAUCCACUUCCCCUUCCUGGAAAAAAUCUUUCAAGAAAAGCAAGUUCUAGUGCUGUAAUUGACAUGCCAACUACAUCAGGAGUAACACCGUUACAGACCCUGCCUAAACCUGGACAUGUUGAGAGAGUAUCUGAGUUGUCCUCUGUUUAUCAUAAUAGUGACAAUCAAUCUCAACCGCGACUUUUAACUCCUCAAACAUCUUCUUUGAGCAAAAAUGGGAAUAGAAAUGCCCUGAAAGAUCAUUCUAGAAUGAGACGCAAAGAUAUAUCUCAUGUUCAAGACUCAAAGAAUUCAAAGGAGAUGCUGCGAACUAGCAUUUCAUUACAAAACCAGACUUGUUCUACAUCACCUUUAGGUUCUCCUACUGUCAAGUUGUGGAGUUCUCCCCAUGGUGCUUUCAGCUGUGCUCCAGACAGCUCAAGUCCCUCUAAAAGUCCUAUGAGACUGUUUGGCUAUGGGAUGCCCAGGAGCUGUUGGAGUAAACAAUGCACAAAUAUUGCUGUAACUGGAUCUGGACAGUGUACUAGUCCGGGUAAGGGACGGAGUUCUAGACAUGAUUCAGUGGUAGGAGAUAUGCCAGGGAGGCCACACAGCAGGUGCAGCACUGAACAUUCUCCUAUUCCUAGUCCAAUAAUGGUAAGAUCUGAACCUACCUCCCGAAUACAAAGUGGCUCUGUUACCCCUGUGCAUCAACGAGCUGGAGCUGGAGCUGCAGCCAUAGAGUCUCCUAUUAUGGCCUCCUUUGAUAAAAAGCAACAAAGCUACCGCUUGCCUCUACCUCCACUUACAAUCCCCAACUGUAACCCCUUUCCUGCAUCAUAUUCGACAACAAGCUCUCCAGCAGCUCCACGAAGUCCUGGCAAAGUUGAAACUCCAAAAACUCCUGAUUCGCGUUGGAAGAAAGGGCGGCUUCUUGGUAGGGGCACGUUUGGACAUGUAUACCUUGGUUUUAACAGUCAAAGUGGGGAAAUGUGUGCAAUGAAGGAGGUUACAUUAUUUUCUGAUGAUAAAAAAUCAAAGGAAAGUGCUCAACAGCUUGUACAAGAAAUUACACUUCUAAGUGGUUUGCAGCAUCCAAAUAUAGUGCAGUACUAUGGAUCUGAUACAGUAGAUGAUAAUAAGCUAUAUAUAUACUUGGAAUAUGUAUCUGGUGGUUCCAUCCAUAAGCUUCUUCAAGACUAUGGUCCAUUGGGUGAAACAGCUAUUCGGAACUUUACUAGACAAAUCCUGUGCGGGCUUGCAUAUUUACAUGCUAAAAACACAGUUCAUAGGGAUAUCAAAGGAGCAAACAUACUUGUUGAUCCCAACGGCUGUGUGAAAUUAGCAGAUUUUGGGAUGGCAAAGCAUAUUAACGGACAACCUUGUCCUUUAUCAUUAAAGGGAAGCCCUUAUUGGAUGGCACCCGAGGUUAUAAAGAAUUCAAGUGGUUGCAAUCUUGCUGUAGACAUAUGGAGUCUUGGGUGCACUGUUUUGGAGAUGGCCAAUGGCAAGCCACCCUGGAGCCAGUAUGAAGGGGUUGCUGCUAUGUUCAAGAUAGGAAAUAGUAAGGAGCUUCCUGUUAUUCCAGAUGAGCUUGGUGAUCAUGGAAAAGAUUUUGUAAGGCAGUGUUUGCAGCGAAAUCCUGCAAAUCGUCCUACAGCUGCUCAGCUUUUGGACCAUCCUUUUAUAAGAAGAGCUGUUUCACCUUUAGAAAGACCCAUCGCCAAUCCCAAUCAUCCAGAAGUACCAAUUGUUACAAACAGAAUGAAAUCUCUGGUCAUCGAAUACAAUAAACACAUUUCAUCCCAAGAUUCUGAACCAAACUCCAAACAUCAUCCCUCCAGGCGAUCAAAAUCCAGUUUGAGAUCCAGUUACUUAAACGACAUACAACAACAACCACAACAGAGGAAUAUUUCAUGCCCAGUUUCUCCAUUGGCUAGUUCUCCAUUGGCCAGUUCUCCAUUGGCUAGUCCUCCAUUGACUAGUUCUCCUAUUAUGCGUUCUAGUUUAUCGCCUCCUCCCUUUUCCAGUCCACAUAAUACACCUGGCUCAUCCUCAUUCCGUAAUAUUCAAUAUCAACAACCUAUUAUCUACUCUUCUCCAGUAAUUUAUCGCGAACCCCCAUCACACCUAAUGAAUUCACCGAGAAAAAACAGUUUCCUCCCUGAAAGUGAAAUCAGAAAGGUUCCAAAUGGACAGUCAGCAUUGGCUGAUCAGGUUUCUCGACACCUAUUCAGGGAUGAUCACUCAAACUCAAAGAUGAAUAAGAAUCGGAAUCCUACUUUAUUCUGAUACACAGAAAAAUUUAUUGGUUGUCAAUACUUUUAUACCUUUAUAAAAAAAAGAAAAAAGAAAAAGACAGAUUUCACCAAAUAAUCUUUUUAUUUAUUUCUAAAAAAAAAUGACAACGGUGAAGCAGGUGACUUAUACUUGUUCUUGGUAACUAUAAAGGAGAGGAAUUUGCUGUUUCUCAUGUGCAGAUCAAGAUACAAAAAAAACAAAUACAGAUAUGUGUACAUUUCAUCAAAUAUACUUCAAAAAAAUCAUGAAAAAGAUGAACAACAAUAUUGAAACUUUCUCACAAACUAUUCUGUUUUCUAUUGCUCUCUUUCACCUUUUCAUUUCUUUUUAAAAAAUAAAAUAAAAAAUAUUGUGUUAUUACCAAGUUGUUUAAAGUGUAAGGAUGAUAAAUAAUUGUGUACAAUGUACAUUU